AUGGACACAGUCAAAUCAAUCGUUGAUAGAGCUACAGGUGGUGAGAGCGCUACUGCUGCUCCCGGCGGUGAGACCGCCUCCAAAGGAGAAUUUGCCAAACCUGGUGAUUUCCCAAUUGAAUCUCAAGUAGAUCGAGCAGUGGGUAUCCAAGAUGAUAUGACCAAGAAACCUGCUCCGGCAACUUUACAAGAAGGUGAUGAGGAUUUCACCCAAUACAAAGCUGCUAAGAAGCUCCUAGGCAAAAAGACGAUUGUCACUGGAGGUGAUUCAGGUAUAGGUAGAGCGGCUGCCGUGAUGUUUGCUAUGGAAGGUGCAGAUGUCGCACUGGUAUACUUGCCAGAAGAACAAAAAGAUGCUGAGAAAUCCAAACAACUGAUCGUUCAGGCUGGUGGACAAUGUCUGCUGUUCCCUCAAGAUAUAAGGGAUGAACAAGGUUGUAAGAGAGUGAUCGACAGUGUCGUACAAGCUUGGGGUAAGAUCGACGUAUUGGUUAAUAACGCUAGUGUUAUGUACUCUAUCCCUGAUAUUACCGAUAUCACCACUGAGCAAUUCGAUAGAACUAUCAAGACCAACAUUUAUGGUACUUUCUUUAUGACCAGAGCUGCUGUACCUCACAUUCCCAAGGGAGGUUCCAUCAUCGUCACAGCUUCUCAAGUCGCUUACGCUGGUCCUCCCAUGUUGGUAGACUACAGUAUGACCAAAGGAGCUCAAGUAGCUAUGGUCAGAUGUCUAUCCAACCAACUACUUUCAAAAGGUAUCAGGGUAAACGCAGUCUGUCCCGGACCAGUGUGGACCCCUCUCCAACCGGCAGCAAUGUCCGAAGAUCAAAUGAAAGAAUGGCAUAAUUCUCCAGCACCCAUCGGUCGAAUUGGUCAACCUUCCGAGCUCGGUCCGGCAUACGUGUUUUUGGCAAGUCAAGAUGCUAGUUUCAUCAGUGGUCAGAGUAUCCAUGUUAAUGGUGGAGCCAUCGUUGCUGGAUAA